AUGUCCUUACCACUGGAAGAUGAUGGAGGUGGAACCCACUGGAGUCUGUUAGUGCUAGAUACAGUCUCAAACACUGCUGUGCACUACGAAUCAACCCAAGGCAUGAACAGACACCAUGCUGAGAUUCUGAUAGAGAAUCUAACCAUAUACUCCAACGUCAAACUUGUAGGGUUUAGUGUGGCCCAACAGACAGCCAGCUAUGAGUGUGGGCUACAUGUCAUUGUCAACGCUUGGCUGCUGUUAGUGCAACUCUGCUCAGAGACUUCAGCUCCUACCUUCCCACAUCCUAAUAACCCACAGAUUAUGACAACCACUGAGACCGCUUCUACCAACAGAAAUAUUAAGAAUAAAACUACUUAA